AUGUCUCAGCAGGCGCCAGGGUUAGCAGAUCUAGAGAAAGAGCUGGGCUGCUCGAUCUGCACGGAGCUCCUCUACCAGCCCCUCACCCUCCUCGACUGUUUACACACCUACUGUGGCUCUUGUGUGAAAGAAUGGUUUACCGCACAAGGGUCGCGCCGACAAGCCGGCUCCUCCCCCAGAUUCACUUGCCCUUCAUGCCGUGCUGAUGUGCGCGGUACCCGCCCAAAUGCCACCGUGACAACACUUUUGGAUAUGGUCUUGAUGGCCCAGCCAGAUCGUGGCAGAUCGGAAGACGAGAAGAGGGAGAUUGCGGAACGGUACAAGCCGGGGGACUCUGUCUUCCCACCACCGCAAACAGAAGCGGAAAGCUCAGAAGAUGAGGAAGAUCAGCGACUUCUGGAGGAGGUUCGCGAUAUGAGUCUUCGUGAGAAUCGGACACACGCACGUCGGGAAGAGCGCCGCGAAGAACGGCGCAGGACACAACCAGAAAGCCACCGAGGGAGGAACGACAACUCCGAGAAUAGGCAUACGGAUGAUGGGAGGUCUCGGCGGAGGCGAGAGGAAGAGGCGGAACGGCAGCGACGCAUAGCUCGAGCUCAGGAUGACUCUGAGCAUACCAGACGAGUUGAGCAUCAGUCGAGUUUGCGAUCAUUGCUAAGCUUAUCAUCUGAGACGGAGACGAUGCAAGAGGAGAUUCUGCGGCAAAUUGUUGAGGAAGGACUGCUUAAUGGUAUUGACACUGAGAAUCUUGGCCCUGCACAAGAGGAGGAGAUUAGUGAGCGGAUUGCAGCUGUCCUUCGUCAGAGGCAAAUGCAACAACCGAAUUCUCGUCCAGCGCAAAGGCACAGACAGUCACCCGAAAGCAACCACCGUUCGCAUGGGCGGUCGAAUUCAGCCCACAGACCAGCCGAAACAACCACCACAUCUCGAGACCAUGGUGAUAGACGACCGCCUAUAUCCAGACCACAUCUACUUGGCUCAACUGCACCCCACCCGCCUCCAAGUCAUCACCGACGGAACUCGGAACAGGCCGGUGGCACUCGGAGAACGUCACCCGUUAGAGUGAACCAAGCAUCAAAUUCGGACGACACUUUGCGACCUGCAGUUCGGUCUUCGAGCGAUAUGACAAGUGAGCGCCCUCGUAGCUCUCAUAACGGAAGACCAAGAGUAGAAUCAUCUUCGCAGCGGCCACGUCGAGCAACGGAAACAGAACAACCUAUCAAUGAUGUAUGGACAGGUGGAGGGAGAGAACGGGCUUCCGCACGACAUACCAACAGUCAAUCCGCCACGGCCUCUCCUACCUCUGUAGUGCCGUCGAACUCAUCUCAUACUUCAAUUCCACUCGUUCCUAAUAGGUCUGAUCGACGAUCUAGGCCAGCGUCUUCGCGAUCAAAUCCUCCUCCGCCUUCAAAUCUGCAGUUCACUGAGCCUUCCUUCUCAUGUGAUCGCUGUGGGAAAGCAAAUAUCCAAUAUGACUUACACAAGAGAUGCCUCAAGUGCAAGGACGGAAACUAUCAUCUUUGCUUACCAUGCUACCGCUCCGGUCGGGGCUGUCUUCAAUGGUAUGGUUUCGGUUCAAGUGCGCGGUCGACAUUUGAACAAAUGCUGGCCUCAUCAAACGGCCAGCCAAUGCCCAUACGCGAAGGUGGUCACAUACUCCACUCUUUCAAGUUACAGCGACCUUCGGAUACUGCUCAGAUCACCACAAAUGGGGAGAUGCAAAUGACAAAUGAUAACCCGGCCCGCCGCCUGGAAGCCGGGCUAUUUUGCGACAUUUGUAUGUCUUGCACGAAUGAGUGCUAUUGGAAGUGCAGCCAAUGUAACGAGGGAGAUUGGGGAUUUUGCAACCGUUGCGUCAAUCAAGGGCGAUGCUGUACUCAUCUCCUGCUGCCGAUUCGUCGUCUAGCUGGCACCCCAGCCUCGUCUUCUCCAUCCACCCCGACGGUUGCAGCGAACGGUCCGCCCUCUGUCCAUGCUCUAGAGGCCUACAAAAUUCUCUCAUUCUCCACUAACUGUGACAUCUGCACCUAUCCAAUUCCAGCAUCGGUUACGAGAUACCAUUGUCUACAAUGCAAUUCUGGUGACUAUGACGUCUGCACCAAUUGCUAUCUCAAGCUCGUGGCCACCUCAAAGAUCAGCAAGGAGAAUGGCCACGGUGGCUGGCGCCGGUGCGUGGCAGGUCACCGAAUGAUCGUCGUCGGUUUUGAAGACCAUCCAGAUGGCCAGAAACGGUGCAUCACGAGACAUCUAGUUGGUGGCCAUGCUCUUCAGGAUGAGCAUGUCAAUCGAUCACCUUCUUCAUCACCUGCCGCCACUGCCCCCAUCGCAUCUCCUGAGUUGGGUGUUGGUGACUGGAGCUGGAAAGAGGGUCACGAUCGUCGCAAAAAGGCUUCUCGCACGCGGGCCUCCCUUGCUUCUUCCAUCAGUAAGACGCAUACGUCAGACGGGGAUCCUGCAUCUCAACACACAGGCACCCCCACACCUCAGUAUGCCCCUGCUCUUCGUCGCUUCCCACCCGAUGGAGGUGUUGGCCUCAUAGUCCACGCACUGUGGUCAUAUUACCCCGAGGAAAAGGAUGAGCUCAUGUUUCCGCGUGGCGCUGAUAUCACUGAAGUUGAGAACGUUAAUGAUGACUGGUUCUGGGGAUGCUAUGCCGGCCGUACCGGACUCUUCCCUGGCUCUCGCGUUGCUCUUAUGGGAGAGAUUCGCUAA